UUAGCGGUCCUUGCGCACAUCCGGGCAUUUGGCACGAGAUUUACAUGCGCGGAGGUCCCAGUGACUUUUGUUUCUGCAGGUGCUUUCGAGAAGGGUCAUUGUGGAGUAUUCGAUCAUGGCGUCGACUCGUGCAGCCUUCGUCUUAGCUUUGGUCGUUGCCAUCGUUCGUGCGGUUCCUCCUGCAGGAUACAUCAUAGACGUGAAACCCUCCUGCGGUCCUGAUACUGUCGCGGAUGGCUACGUGGAGGUGGUCACCGACCUGAACGCCAAUGCGAAGGCGGUGUGUUUGGGUGGUACGACCCACAAGUUUUCCAAAGUGGACAACGUCAAAUUACGGCUCAAUGUCUCCUAUGCAGGUCGCGGCAACUCCCCCUGUAUAUUCGAAAAACGGAAGGGCGUGGAUGUGUAUGUCAUCAGCGUCACUGUGGCCUACGGACAGACAGGUGGCAUGAUCCAGCAGAAGUCCGAGCAGUACACUGUGACCUGUACAUUCAGUGCCGCGGGGGGUGUGGGCACCGUAAAGCACACGAUUCACGAAGGACUGAUAGCACCACUGGAGGUGCAGCACAACACGGGACGCGAAUCCAAAUCCACGGUGACCCUGAACGUCGUGGAUGUUCUUGGCAAUGACUUGACAGGGUCUGACCUUCACCUGGUCAAGACUGUGCAACUCAAGGCCGUAAGUAAAGGCGAACAGGGAGAGAAAGGCUUCAAGCCCGUGUCAUGUGAUGCUGUUGGUGUGAAGACAAAGAAGCGAUACCCUGUUCUAAGGGCUGGCUGCGGUGACGGAAUUAUCUUUCAUCGGAACCAAGGGUUCACCACAACUGGCCUUACAUCCGUCAGUCCCUACUUCCCUGCCUUCAACGUAGCCUCCGACCCAGUCCUCAGAUUCGAGUGCAACUUUACCUUCUGUGACGCGGUCUGUGAUGGGAGCAGCUGUAAAAAUGCCAAAAUUCGAAGAUCCAUAGGAUCUGAAAAAAGCCGAGACCCACCACUCAUGCUCACAACGCAUACCAGUGACUUCAUACUCCCAGUCCCGAGAACGCGGAGGUCUGCUACUCAGGACAAGCUAGACAAGUUCCUCCAGAGAAGAAGUCAAAUUCAAGCCAAAUACAAAAAGCAUUUUACACUGUAGUGUUGUUGACAGAAGUAAACGUGUGAUUUGUU